CUCUCUCAGCUACUCAGUUGGGGUCCUGGAAACUGAGAAAUGUUCAGAUAUCACUGAAAACAAUCCCUUCAGGUCAUAGAUGAUGUGGUUGAGGGGAAGUGACUCAUCCCAGGCUAGACAGAGAAUCAGGACAAAAGCUGGAAGUCUCAACUGAGACCAGUCUCUUGACUCACAAAUGAGAACUUCACCUUGCAUCUUACUGCCCACUUAUGUCCAGUUCUACCUCAUUAUGUCUCUCUUUGUCUUUUCCUGCCUGUAUCUGUCUCUCUUUUGUCUUUGUCUCCCUGAUUCUUUCCUCUGAAUUUGGGUUUCUCCAUAAAUCUUUCUCUGCUUCUAAGAGUGAGCUCUUUCCCUGUGUCCGUCUCCCUAUGACUCCUUAUGUCUCUGUCUCUAUUCCUUUAUCUCUGUGUGUCUCUCUCUAGCUCACCUAUUAAAGAGUAGAUUCUUCUGGGAGAAAAGUUAGGCCAAAAGAGUUUAUCGAUCUAUCACGGAAUGACCAAUCUCUUGUAUAUACAGAUAGAGAAACUGAGGCUAAGAAAAGGGAAGGUAUUUCCUCAAGGCCAAGGAGCAGUUGGAUUGUAAAUAACAGCAAAGAGAGACAAGAUGACUCUAGGUUUGGGAGAAUAUGGGAAAACAUAUGGGCCAGGUGACAGAGCAGUCAGAGAGACUCAGCUCUGGUUUAAAGGCAGGGAGGUACAGUGGACUGUAGACCAAAGCCUUGGAGUCAGGAAGACCAGAGUUUGAAUGUUCCCUUUGGCACUUGCUAGCUAUCUGAUCCUAGAUAAGUCACUUCCUCUCUCUGGGCUUCCAUCUCCUCAUCUUUGGAAGAACACCUUUGAAUUCACUGACCCAAGAGGUCCCCUCCAGCUCUAAAUCAAUGAUCAUCCAACGGUAUGAACCUCAGGAAAUAGUCAACAAUAGAUACAAGUCACCUUGGAGGCAGGUCUCCACUGCAGUGCCCUGGGGUCCUGCUCUUGUCCUUGUAUAAUCACUGAUAUGGUUAUCAGUCUCUUAGGCGAAUGCUUAGAAGUUCUUAUCAGAUUGGCAGGGACACCGAUUUGGUAUGGAAAGCUAGCCAAUCAGAUAACAGAGCUGGGGCUUAACCAGCUUGGAUGAUGUUCGGAUGAAUCAAUCAAGAUGAAAUUUAAAAGGCAUAAAUAUUAAGUCCUGCACUUUUGUUUAAAAAAAAAAAAGAAGCUCCACAAGAUCAGAAUAGGAUUGACACAACAUUUCAUGUGGAAAAGAUCUGAAGGGGUUAGUACACGCUCCAGAUGAGUCAGCAGGGUGUCAUGGCAGCCCCAAAGGAGUUAAUUAGGACUUAGGCAGCAUUAGCAAGGACAGGGUGUCCAAAAUGAGGGUGGGGAUCCUUUCUACUCUGCUCUAGUCAGGUGAGACCUGGAACAUCAUGUUUUCUUCUUGGCACUACAGUUAAAUAGCAUAACCUGUGGUUCAGCAUUGCAGGCUUUGACCUUCUUUGGAUUGGGUCCAGUCUUGGAGGCUGUCCCUUGAAAGUCAUUCUCUAUGGCUCAUUUUGUCCUCAAAUGAGGGUUUCUUUUGGAAAUUUCAGAAAAUAGCUUCUAUAGAGCUCAUGAUUGUGAGAAAAGGCUUCCCAGUCCCUGUACAAGCAAUGGAGGUAAAAUAUAGAGCUGGCAUAGAACAGCACUGAUUUUACCUACAUAAAACACAGAAAGCAGAAAGGACUAAUAUUAGCCCCUAAAUAAUCAAAAGAACUUUUUAUUCAGCUUAAUGAGUCUUACCUGCCCCAUAGAGCGCCACAGAGUCCUCCAGGCUCAUAACAUCACCUUGUGGUUUGGACUGUCCUUGAAAGAGAAAGAAACUUGGGGUCACCAGAGCAACCAUCCUCCCUACAUUCCAGUGAAUCCUACUUGUACCCAAAAGGUGGUAUACACCUCUAGCCUUUUGGAAUAAUCUCAGGGGCUCAGUCUUAUCCCAGAAGAAAAAUGAGCUUGAAGUUAUUAGAAAGGCAAACUCUUUCCCACUAAAUUUGUGUUGGCUGACCUGCAGUAACAACAGAGGUUAAAGUCCAGCCUGUUGUUAAGAAAUGUAUCUUUGGGGCAACUAGGUAGCACAGUGGAUAGAACAACAGGCCUAGAGUCCAAAGGUCCUGGGUUCAAAUCUGAUCUCAGAUACUUCCUAGCUGCGUGACCCUGAGCAAGUCACUUAACUUCAGUUGCCUAGCCCUUGCCAAACUCUUCUGACUUAGAAUACAUACUAAGACAGAAGAUAAGGGUUUAAAAGGAAAAACUCAGCUCCAUGAUGUGGCUUUGUCCCUUGUCACUCUUCCAGAUCUAGAACAAACAAAGAUCUCCAAGAGGCUGGCAUCAUUCCUGAUCUGCUUCUUUCACUAGAAGGCUAGAUCUGAGAAUUUCUUUAUCUCCAAGAGACUACAAGAUAUUUUCCUUUCUCCAGAAAGCUAGAUCCUGGAAUUCCCAAAGUGCCAAUGCUGUUUAGGAUCUCCCCUUCUCUCUCUAUAGGACUGGAUUCAGUAACUCUCACUAUUUGAACAUGGAAGUCCCUCUCCUAGGCUGCCAUCUCUACAUGAGAAUAUGAAAUUUCCAUGUACCACCAUUGGUCAGUCAAUAAACAUCCAUUAAGCAUCUACUGUGUACCAAGCACUCUGGUAAGUAUUAGGUAGAGAGAGAGGCUGAAGACAAUCCCUGCUCUGAAAUGUCAGGAAACUUACAAUCUAACAGGGAAGACAAUAAGUAAAUAAAUAUAUGCAAACAAGCUGUAUACAGUAUAAAUAAUACCUCUGUCCCCAAAGCAGCUGCUCCACAUAUUAGGGUUCUCCUUCACAUUCCUUUUCGCACCAAUCCAGACACAUGGCAGGUUUUAGCUCUGCUGGGUUUCUGCUUGGAAAAUAGAAGAGCCAGCAAGUUGACAACAAAAUCUUCCUUUUAUAGGGUCUCAGCACAAAGGAAUGAGAAUCCUGACUCACAACAAGCAAAGCUUAGGUUAUCCCAAGUCUUCAUUGGGAGACAAUAAGUCCUUCAAAAGGUUCCCUCAAUGAUAAAAGACAUUGCUAGGCAGGUGAGGACAGCAGUACUGGUGAGGGGAUUGGAGGCCAUGAAAUGGAGGGGGAACAUGAUAACUUUUAUGUUCAUAGAUCCAGAGGUGGAGAAGAAUUCCAGGGUCAUUUAAGCCAGGGUUGUUUCAUCAUUUUUGUAUCCUGACUCCUUGGGCAACUUGGUGAAGUCUAUGGAUCCAAUCUCAGAAUCAUGUUUUAAAUACAUAGAAUUGCAAAAGAGGCCAAUUACAUCGAAUUACAAUUACGCAAAUUAGUUUCUAAAUGGGACCAUUAGAUGGCUAAUUGGAUAAAGAGCAUAACCUAGAGACAGGAAGCCCUGGGUUCAAAUUUGGCCUCAGACACUUCCUAGUUAUGUGAUCCCGGGCAAAUCACUUAAUCCUAUUUGCCUAGCCCUUACCACUCUUCUGCCUUGGAACCAAUACACAGUAUGGAUUCCAAGAUGGAAAGUAAGAGUUUUAAAAAGUGAACCCUGAAACAUUAACCUGGGAUGCAGAUUUCCCAUCCAGAGGAAGAUAACUCAGAUUCUUUGGCCUGCACAAAACAGGAAGUUGCACCCUUUUUGUGAAGCCAACAUUUUUAUCUGGAAUUGAACCUAAUCCUAGUCUUGAAACUUUUUAAAAAAGAACAAUUGCUUAACAGCUUAAGAUACAGCCGUAAACUGCAUGUGGCUGUGAACUCAUGAACUGUUCGCUUAGGAGGGUUCUGAGGAAUUGUCCAAAUGACUCCAGUCCCAAAGGCUCUCUUUGCCAGUAGUUGAUUCUUAUUGUGCCUUGACAAUGCCAGAAGUUUGGAUUUGCUGGGCCGUGCCAGGGGCCAAGGUCACAGUGGGCCGACCAGUACCCACCGAGUCUGAUGCAAGCCCCUGGGAUAGAUAAAGAAUCAGGCCAAGGCAUCCAGGGCCAAGACCUCACCAGACCUCACCUGGCAGUACAUCCUGGGGCUGGCUCAGGGCCAGGCAUUCAUGUACCAUCUUCUGCUCAGGCUCUGGCACCACAGGAUCUUUGGGUCGCCCCCUUGGCCGAGGAAUGUGAUAUCAUUUUCAGAAUCCUAGAGGGUCUUAUAAAAUUAGACUUUCAAGCAAUUGGUCCUUUAAGAAACAUUUAUUAAGAGCCUGCUAUGGGGAGCAGCUGGGUAGCUCAGUGGAUUGAGAGCCAGGCCCAGAGAUCAGAGAUCCUGGGUUCAAAUCUAGACUCAGACACUUCCCAGUUGUGUGACCCUGGACAAGUCACUUCACCCCCAUUGCCUAGCCCUUACCACUCUUCUGCCUUGGAACCAAUACAUAGUAUUGAUUUUAAGACAAAAGGUAAGAGUUUAAAAAAAGAGCCUACUAUGUGCCAAGCAUGGUACUAACAGUCAAGGAUAAAAAAAUUUAAAAAAAGAGUCAGAAGGCAAUUCCUUCCCUCGAGGAGCUUAUAGUCUGGAGGUGGAAGGGCCAGAGAACACAUGAACAAAUCUAUAAAAAUCAAACUAUAUACAGGCAACAUUUGGGCCAAAAAUCUCCAAUCUGUAAUAAAAACCAUUGAGAUAAAUCUCCAAGAAUAGUCAAUCAAUUUGGGAGGGAUUUCAGGGGUCACUAAUCAAUUGCAUCCAAGAUCUUCUUCACAGAGAAGGGCCUUAAGAGAAAAGUUCUUUUAUAACCACUGAUGUGGUACCCAAAAUAGAAUAUGGUGAUUGAAAGUCCAUGAUUAAUCAUCUUCAAACACAGGGGGAGAUGCUUUGUUUGGCUGAUGCACAUCAAUCAUAACUACUUACAGGGACAGCUGGGUAGCUCAGUGGAUUAAGAUCCAGGUCUAGAGUCAGGAGGUCCUGGGUUCAAAUCUAGCCUCAGACACUUCCCAGCUGUGUGGCCCUGGACAAGUCACUUGACCCCCAUUGUCUAGCCCUUACUGCUCUUCUGCCUUGGAGCCAAUACACAGUAUUGAUUCCAAGACAAAAGGUGAGGGUUUUUUAAUUUUAAAAAAUUGUCCCCCUAAAACUGCUAACUAUGGAGUAGUGUUCUUGGAUCAGCCUUUUUACCUUGUUGGCAUCAUCACAUAAGUAUCUGGACUCUUAAGAAUCAUGAUCACUCCGUGUUCAAGGGUUGUUGGGUUUUUGUUAGGGUUUGUUGAAAGAGUAAUCUAACCAAGAAGCGAUCAAUACCUUCCACUCUGGAGCUAAUGCUCAAGAUGGCAGAAAAUCUAGGGGCAGGAUGUGGAAGGAGGGGGAAGAAGACAGGCCUCCAAUGGCCAUGGGCCGAAACAGUAAGAGUGAGGGGUGAAGCAGAGCUAGAACUGGGGAGCCCCUGCGGAAUAGAUACACACAAACAUCCAGGAGAAUAUGUAGUAGAAAACCUAUCAGAGUGAACUUGAAUCUGACUGGGCCUCCCCCAAGCCAGGCUAGGGAUUGGCUGACUAGUGAACCUCCCUAAACCUUAUAUAAGAGGCUGGGACAGAUAAAAGGUCAGGCUAGGGCAUACAGGACUAGUGCCCGAGCCAGAGAUUCCUCAUGAUGGAGCUGGGUGGGGGUCUGGGGCUGGCACUGGGCCUGGCCGUUGCUGCCUACCUUCUGCUCAAUUGGUGGCGCCACAGGUUCUCUGGGCUGCCCCCUGGCCCAGCCCCUUGGCCCUUCUUGGGCAACAUUCUGGGAGUGGAUGUGGUAGACCUACUAAAGUCUCUGAAAGAGCUCAGCCUUAAAUAUGGCCCUGUCUACACUUUUCAUCUGGGCUCCCGUCCGUGUGUGGUAAUUGCUGGGUACCAGGCCCUGAAGGAAUCUCUCAUUGACCGGGCUGAGGAGUUUGGGGGCCGUGGAGAGUUCCCUGCUGUGCAGAUGUGGAGCCAUGGAGAUGGGAUUGUGUACGGAAAAGGCGAGCGCUGGAAGCAGCUCCGGAGAUUUGCCAUCGCCACCCUGAAGAAUUUUGGCAUGGGUAAGCGCAGCCUGGAGGAGAGGAUCCGAGAAGAGGCUCAGCACCUUUGUGAGGAAUUCCAGAAGACAGAGGGUGCACCCUUUGAUCCCACUUUUUUCUUAAGCUGUGCGGGUUCCAACAUCAUCUCUUCAUUGGUCUUUGGGGACCGCUUUGCCUAUGAUGACCCUAAAUUUCUGGAGCUAAUGGCCCUGAUCAAUAGCAACUGGAGAAUCAUGAGCUCCUUCUGGGGACAACUCCUCUUCAUAUUUCCAAAGAUCAUGGGCUUUCUCCCAGGGCCACACCAUCAGAUUUUCCGAAACUACCUGAAGCUAGAGGCCUUUGUCAAUAAUCGUGUGGCUCAAAAUCGGAGCACCCUGGACCCAGCCCAUCCCCGGGACUACAUUGACUGCUUUCUGAUCAAGAUGGAGCAAGAGAAGAAUAACCCCCAGAGCCACUUCAAUUCUCAGACUCUUUCUAAGACAGCAGUGAAUCUGUUCUUCGCAGGGACAGAGACAGUGAGUUCCACUCUUCGCUAUGGACUCCUCAUCCUUCUCAAACAUCCUGAUGUGGAAGCCCAACUCCACAAGGAAAUCGAUGAGGUAAUUGGGCCAAGUCGCCCCCCCAGCAUGGAGGACCGGGUGAAGAUGCCCUACAUGGAUGCUGUCAUCCAUGAGAUUCAGCGCUUUACAGACAUUGUCCCGAUGUCAGUUCCUCACACAGUCACUCGGGCUACCACAUUCCGUGGCUACCAUCUCCCCAAGGAUUUGAAUAUCAUCCCCCUGCUAUGCACAGCCCACUUUGACCACACUCAGUUCAAAGAUCCAGAGAAGUUUGACCCUGCGCACUUUCUGGACAAAGAAGGAAAGUUUAAGAAGAAUGAAGCCUUUCUGGCCUUCUCAGCAGGGAAGCGGCUAUGUCUGGGAGAAGGCCUGGCCCUCACUGAGCUCUUCAUUUUUCUCACAAGCCUCCUGCAACGCUUCUCUCUAAGCCUGGAUGGCUCCAGGGAUGCCCUAGACUUAUCUCCUGAAUCUCAGGGUUUGGGCAGUCUACCUAGACCUUACAAACUCCGCCUGCUACCCCACUGAUGUGGGAUCGUGGACCCCUUCAUCUAUGACAGUAAUGGCAAACCUUUUAGAGAUGGAGUGCUUGACCCCACCCCCAUCCCCCCAAGCCAUCACGCCAUGCCUCCCAUUGAGCAUCAGGUGUGCCCUGCCCCCUACCUUUAUCCCACACAGAGGAGGGAGAAAGUGCUCCCAUUGGGCUGUGUGACAGAGGGGUGGGUGAUGUGAAAAAAUGUCAUCACGAACAGUGGAGAGGGGGAAGAGAGCAGCUGUUCCCAGGUCCCUAUGCCUUUGUAGGGGCCAACCAUGUGCUCACAAAAAGUGCUCUGUGUGCCAUCUUUGGCACCCAUGCCAUAGGUUUACCAUCACUAAUCUAUGUAUUCCCCUUCAUUUCCCAGAACCUAGAACCCCUCAUCAUCUCUUGGGAUCUCCCAUGUCCCUCCAGGUAAAAAACAUUGGGAACCCCAUUUACCCCAAAAAUCUGUGCCCCAUUAACCUCUUAUUGCCCCCUUUAUCCCUAAUAAUUCUCUUCAUUAUGGAGAUUUUUCACCCCUCCUGUCACCCGGGGUACCUCAGAAGAUAUCAAGAAUCCUUAACAUUGUAGAGAUCACCCUGGAAGCUCCAUUUCCUCUGGGACCUCCUCUUCAAGGCCAAGAAGCACCCAGGAAUCCACUCACUGUGAGACUCUUAACUCCCCAGGAAUCUGGGCUCCUUUAGGCUCUUGUUUUCCCUUAACCCCAAUGGUUCCUAGCAUUGUAAAGAUUCCCAAGUUAUCCUAGGCACCUAAACCCUGUUAUUUCCCUUGGGAACUUCCCCUCAAAUCAAGGGACUCACUUAGAAGCUCCUAUCACUGUGGGCCAAACUCUCAACACCUCAAGUUUCUGCUGAACCAAUCUCUCCCCUCUACCUGGAAGCCCUCCUUCUAGGAAUGAGGACCAUUGUAAACCAAAGAGCUUUCCUACUCACAUUGAGCCCUGGAAACCCAAUCUCUCCAUUCUCCACUUUUCAGCAUUUCUAGCCCAGCUCCACCCAGACUGGAUAGAGGGGUGGCCAUGGGCUGGGAGGAGAACCUAAGGGUGAAGGAUAGUUGGGAAGCUCCACAAGGGGAAUCAAGGAGGCUCAGAAGACUCAAGAAACAUCUAGCCCAGCCCUACUAACUCAUUCAAAUUGAGUUCCACUUCCCCUCCUCUAACAGAGGAGGUAGAUCAAAGACAUUUAACCCAAUGAUCUUUCCUCCCCUGGAGCCUGCCUUGCCCUGUAUGCCAUCAAAGGAUUCAAGGGGAACACCUAGUCCCAGCCCACUUCAAGGAUCUCCAUUAUUUGCCAUGAACCCUUUUCCUAGCAUCUGUCCCCCUGUAGCAAGGUAAACAGAGUUGGACAAUAAAAAGGAGUUCCUCAAAACCAGA